UUGUUAGAACGAACGAAUCAUUUGUCAGAAUCUAACACUGCGAAAAAAAACCGUAUCUUUGGCUGUUCCACUUUUAGGGCGACUCCGAGGCCAAAGGCUGUGACUCCGUAGGUUCCAUCCUCUUUCUGUGUGUGAAGCGAGGAAUGGCGUUGGACAUGGAGGCGACGAGCUUAGGAGAAUUCACUUCUAGAAGGAACAGGGCCAUCAUUUAUGCUCUUUGCAAGCGUCUCUCCCUCGAUCCGGAAAAAUUUUCUUGCAAGACUUCCGGGCCUUGUGACAUUACAAACCUGGUUUCAAACUUUUUCCAGUCAUCAGCAAAAGAUAUUUCUCUUACAAACAAUCAAGAUGAGGUCUUGAAGUGGGCAAACUUUGCUAGUAAUUUACCUGAUCAAAGGGAUGCUUACCAUACGGCUCUCAAAGAUUUAAAUGAAGAUUUAGCUCAGAAGUCUGUUCUUUUGGGAGGAUUAAAGCCUUCGGUGGCUGAUGUUAUUGUGUUUUCAGCUUUGCAUGAAUUUCUGAGUCAUAUUUCUAAUGAAGAAGUGCAAAAAUACCCAAACGUUAUCAGGUGGAUGGACUAUAUCCAGAACAAGGAAGAUUUGGGUGGAGCUUUUGAUAUGAUUUGUGUCAACAAACUCCCAUUUGGACAUUUUUGCUCUGUAGACACAUUAGAUGAGAACCAGAUUACAAAAAAAAUGGUUCAGACCACAAAAUGUGUGGAAAAAUCUGGAGGAAACACAAAUUUGAAGAAAGAUCUUCCAGAGGAAAAGGCAUCUGCUGGUGAUAAAGCCUUGGUUGAUUCAAAUAAGGUUAAUAAGGCCGCUGUUGUGAAAGCUGUUAUUGAACCAACUAAGAAAAGCACAGGGGAAAAGAAGAAGCCUACAGAAAAGGAAUCCUCUGAUAAGGAUACAGAAUUCUCUAUUGCUAUUCUUAAUCUACAGGUUGGUCUUAUACGCAAGGCAUGGAAGCAUCCGUCUGCUGACAGUUUGCUAGUUGAAGAGAUAGAUUUGGGAGAUGGUAACCAACGCCAAGUAGUUAGCGGCCUUGCCAAGUAUUAUAGUCCAGAUGACCUAAUUAACCGCCUUGUGGUUUUAAUUUCUAAUGUGAAGCCGGGAAAGCUGCGAGAUGUUAUGUCCUCUGGAUUGGUGCUUUGUGCUUCAAAUCAGGAAAAUUCAGCAGUGGAGCCCAUAAUUCCCCCAGAAGGUGCCAAAAUUGGGGAACGUGUUUCAUUUCCAGGGUUCGAGGGGAAACCAGAAGAUGUUCUAAACCCUAAGAAGAAACAAUUAGAAAAGAUUACACCGCAUCUAUACACUGAUGACAAGGGUGUGGCAACAUACAAAGGGAUCCCAUUCAUGACUUCUGCUGGGCCUUGCACGUCUUCCAUCACCAAUGCAACCAUCAAAUGAUCAUGACAUCUCAUUAAAACAGUUUUUCAUGGAGGUGAUGAUCUUUUCUAUAUUUGCAUUUUGUUGGAUUGUUAGGAUUGUAUUCGUAAAAAAAAAAAACAUAUUAAUUUU